AUGAAUUUAGGAGGCGCAACCAACAAACAAGAAAUUCCCGCCCAUUUUGAUUACAUUGUGAUUGGAGGAGGUUCUGGCGGGCUUUCUCUCUCCAAGCAAUUAUCAAGUUUAUCAUCGAAGGAAACUAGAAUUUGUUUAUUAGAUUAUCGGGAUCCUUCUUCUCAAUGGUUGAGAGAAAGAAAUGGAAAGUUGAAUGGAUGGAUGUGGCAAUUAGGUGGAACAUGUGUUAAUGUUGGAUGUAUUCCAAAGAAAUUGAUGCAUAAUUCGGCAUUGAUUGGAGAGGGAAUUAAUCAUGAUGCUGAAUAUUUUGGAUGGAAUGAUGGAAAGCAGGAAGGAAAAUUGAGUGGAAAACAUGAUUGGAAAACACUUGUUGCAAAUGUACAGCAAUAUAUCAAGUCAUUGAAUUUUGGAUAUAGAACCAGUGUGACUCAAACCUAUGCAUUUGAUAAUGAAGAUCCAUCUUUAAAGAAAUUAUAUUAUUUGAAUAUGAAGGGAAGAUUUGUGGAUGAUCAUACGUUGGAAUUGACUGAUCCUAGGAAGGGAAUUACAAAAACUAUUAGUGGAAAGGUGAUUAUUUUGAGUGUUGGUGGAACACCAAAUAUUCCACAAGACGUUCCAGGCGCUACAGAGUAUGCAAUCACUUCAGAUGAUAUAUUUUCAUUGAAGGAAGAACCUGGAAAAACUCUCGUGAUUGGAGCUUCAUACAUUGCCCUAGAAACUGCAAGUUUCCUCAAAGGAUUAGGAUAUGAGAGUAGUGUCAUGAUGCGUUCCAUUCCAUUGAGAGGAUUCGACCAGGAGUGUGCCUGGAAAGUUGUGGAUGGAAUGAAAGAAAGAGGUGUAAAAUUCUUGGAACAGUGCAUUCCAGUGAAAAUUGAAAAAUCUUCAGACCACGAAACAACAGGCGAAUAUACAGUUCAUUAUAAGGAUCUUUCCACUCAACAAGUUUAUACUGAAAAUUACAAAACCAUCAUGUUUGCAGUUGGAAGGAGAGCUGUCACUAAGGAGUUGAAUAUUGAUUUGGAUAUGGACGAAAGUGGAAAAAUUAUCGUCUCUGACAAUGAACAAACAUCAAAGAAGCAUAUCUAUGCCAUUGGAGAUUGUAUUAAUAAAAAAACUGAACUCACACCUGUUGCAAUUAGGGCUGGUAAAUUAUUAGCCAGUCGAUUGACCAACAAGGGUACCGAAUUAAUGGAUUACGACAAUGUUCCAACGUCGAUAUUCACUCACCCUUAUGAAUAUGGAUGUUGUGGACUUUCUGAAGAGGAAGCUGUCCAAAGAUAUGGCGAAGAUGAUAUUGAAGUGUACAUUUCACUUUAUUCUCCAAUAGAACAUCAAUUAUCUCACAGAGAUACCAACAAGACUUUCAUGAAAAUCAUUACUCUAAAAUCAGCCAAUGAAAAGGUUAUUGGAUUCCACUAUGUUGGAGCUAAUGCUGGCGAAAUAACUCAAGGAAUUGCUGUUGCCAUCAAAGCUGGAGCAACAAAAGAACACUUUGAUAAUACAAUUGGAAUUCACCCUACAGCAGCUGAGGAAAUGACCCUUCUCUCAAUAACCAAGAGAUCAGGAAACAGUGCUGAAAAAGAUGGAUGUUGA